UCUCCGAGAUCCGGCUAUUCAGUUCAGCGCAGAGCUCUAAACGGACAGAUUACUACCAGAUAGACUGCGGCGUUACAGUGAGCGAUUAAAAAAGAAUUUCAUUUCUCUUUGGGUCGAUUGCGGACUAUAGAGCGACACUAUAGAGUUGCUGAUUAGUUGUGCCGGAGUUUUUGGAGUUUAAAUUUGAGUUUAUCGCUUGUCAAACUUAUUUGAGAGUAUUUGUUUUGACGAAAAUACUGUUUACCGACGGCCUGGUGGAGAAAUCCGUUACCUGAGGAUAACAAAUCAAAGGUCUGUGAAUGAUAGGCCUAAUACUGGCACAAAAAGACAAGAUAAGUACGUGGCAAAUUAAAGUUAUGGUUUUAUAAUGGAAUGGCAAUAUUCAGAAAUUCUUUUGCAAUUUGUUCUUUUUCAGAAAUCUGCUUUAAACGAAUACUUUUACCAGGGAUUCCCCGUCUCCGAAUGAAGGGAUUUGUGCGCAUUUUCGGUUGCAGUCUUUCUAGAAAAUUGGUUGACCCAAUAUCGCAUUGAGUGCCUUCGCCUGGUUUUUGUUUUGAGCUCUCCCAGAAAUGGUGGGACACCUACAUUUACAAGCUAUGGAUGAUAGUCUGAAAGGAAAGAAUCGGGAGGGACUGCUUGACAGUCCGGAUUCGGGACUCCCUCCGAGUCCAAGUCCGCCCUUCUAUUCGCUGUCUCCAGGUCUGCUCGAGUCGCGCUCCGGGAGUUGUUCAACGCCAGUCGAGAACCAUGGAUACUAUAAAAAGGAGAGCAAAGGAAAACUGCUGCCGUACCUUCUCCUGAACUCAACGGGGACGGACCCGAGGACACGCAUGUACCCUGUGUUCUUUGGUGAGAGCAUCGAGGUCAACCCCAAACCUGAAACAGAGAUCAAGUGUAACUCUGAAGUGAAGUACGACUCAGACAGGCACUACCGGGACCAGGUGUACUGCGCUCCCGUUCCCACGGUGACUUCCUACAGUGAGAUGGUGGUGGCCGUGCAGAACUGCACCUGGCGGCGCUACAAGUCCCAGGUGUACCUAGAGCCCCGUCAGAGGCCCCUGCACUACCAAAGCACCACCAUUGUGUACCCCAAACAUGCCAAGAACACUUACCGCACCACACUCAACUACAACGCUACGGGUUCCCAACGGUGGUUUGUCUCCACCGUCCAGCUGAAGUCCAGGGAGGACAGCAGCCCCUGCAUCAUCUAUGCUGAGGACCUCUAAACCUGAUCUCAGACCUGACCUGCCUGGCCAUUCCUACUGUUGUGGAUUGGAUACACACAGAGGCUGACAGACAGGUGGACACACAGGAAGACUGAUAGACUGACACACAGAGGGUGGUAGUAUUGCAUACUGUAUAAGGAAUAUUGUAGGGGGGAGUACAUCGAAUCACAAAGGCCUUUAAUGAGUUGUCCUUCAUGUUAAUUUGUCUUGCGAGGCAGAGCGCUGCCAGUCUGCUGCCUCUUCUCUCCAGGAACACCUCUGAUAGUUGAGCAUGACUCUGGGGGUUGACAGUACCACGUUACACACCUUAUUUGACUGUAAAGAUUAAUUAUAGAAAUUGACAUAUUCAUGCUCAAAAGCUGACAUGUGAAUCCACACAGAUGCGUGCAAAGCAGUCUAAUAGCUUGAUUGCACUUAUUUUAACAUUGUGUAAAUUGUGGGUAUUCUGAAAGGGGGGGGGGACCGAAAAUAUUGGACCAAAGAUUUUGUUACAAAGACCGUUUCACCCUAGUUGUAAGUAAUGUCUUUGACACAUCCUCAUCAGACUCUCAAACACGACGCUUGCAUUAGAUCUACAACCGGCUAGAAUCCUUAAGUGAAACAAUAACAAAGUGGUCACUGUGUUUUGGUAAAAAGCUGAGGGAUGGGCCUGGAGAAAUGUAACCACAUAUUCAUAGACCGAGCAUGGAUGCAAAGACUGACUAGUUUACACCAUGUUGAGGCUUUACAGUGUUUACGUUUACAUUGGAGUAAAACAAGCUUGUAUUUAGGGUUCUGAUGGGGUAUGACAGUUGAACUAAGUUCAAGAGGCAUUUCUAAGUUAUAUUCUUCAAGAAUCAAUGGGUGUAUAUAUCAUUAAUUAAAAGGUCUAAAAAUGGAUGUCGCAACUAAGGAUUCUAGCUUUAAAUGAAAAUAUCACAUUAUCCAUGCCAUUUUCUACAACAAAUCCGAAAUGGAGUCUGAAGCACCUUCAACAGCAGGCAGAGAGUCAAGGUUUCUGUUAUAGAUUGCCUCUGGUGAAGGAGAUGCUUGUUGUCGCUGCCAUAACUACAAGUCAACCUGCCAGUUGGAAAUGCCAAAGUUGGAGCCAGAGAGAAGGAGGGAGAGCAGAGCUGGGAAAACCUGAGGAACAUUUCUAUUUUAAGACAUGGCUCUAGCCCCUGAUAUCCAGGUUGUUUGGCAGACUGGUAAACACGACCAUAAAAAUCCAAACAUGUUACACUCUCCAGCACACUGUUGUUAUAUACAGGAUAGUGAAAUGGGUGGCUUAGAUUUAUUCACAGCUGUCAGGUGUUGUAGGAAAAUAAUAUCAAUUCUUAUUUGUAUUAAGAAUUGCCUGAUCUCGCUCACAACAGUUUUUUUUAGUCUAUUUUAUAUAUAUGGAUUAUGGAACCUGGUAAAUAUUCAACCUUGUAUUAUGAAUUCAGAUCUCUUACCUCCAUUUUUCUCGCUCUACUUUAUUUCAUAGAAAAUUUGCAUUUUCUACUUUUAAUUUACAUCCUGAGCUACUUUUGUAAUGAAAAAAAUGUAGGUUUUGAAAAUUGACAGGUGUGUUUUAUACACUAAAGAAUAUGGACAGAAGAAAGUGAGAGAAAGUGAAGAGGCUCUGUUUUGGAGGCUUUCUUAAGGGUCAAGAUGUUCUGAGUAAUGAGGUCUACUGUAAAUGUUGCAACAGCAACUUUAUAAUACUGAUGGUUUGAACCAUAGGUAUUACAGUGGCUGGUACAGAAAAAGGCCAUUCAGUGGAAAGAUUGCUGUGGAUUUCUGUGAUGUGGCAGGAGGUAUGUGAGAAGUCAUGAGUUAUACGUUUGAGGUGAUGAAAGUCUAAGGGUUUCAAAGCAUUUGGUUGUUUUGUUUAAGAUACUUUCUAAUUAUUGAUGUUAGUGUUUCCUAACGGUUGAUUUUGUUCUUGUAAAAUACUUUCCUGUUGUAUAUGUGGCAUCGAGGCACUUCAUAAUUCUCUUUAUAUUUUUGUAUAUUUCCUGUGUCAAUCUUUUUUGUUUGAGAAAAUAAAAAAUUAUUUAAUUGAAUAAAAAUAUUUUAAUUGAAUAAAAGACCAAAUACCAAAACCCAAA